AUGGAGGGCAGCUUCACCGGGGGUGAUGUGUACCAGAAGCACUUCCUGUCCAGGGACUACCUGGCCACCUACUACAGCUUUGAGGAUGGCCCGUCGCCUGAGACGGAGAUGAUCAAGUUUAACCUGGAGUGUCUCCACAAGACCUUUGGCCCAGGGGGUCUUCGGGGGGACACAUUGAUCGACAUUGGCUCAGGCCCCACCAUCUACCAAGUGCUGGCUGCCUGCGAGGCCUUUGCAGACAUCACGCUUUCGGACUUCACUGACCGCAACCGGGAGGAGCUGGAGAAGUGGCUGAGAAAGGAGCCAGGGGCCCACGACUGGACCUCGGUGCUGAAAUUUGCCUGCGAGCUGGAAGGGAACAGUGGCGGCUGGCAGGAGAAGGCUGAGAAGCUGCGGGCCAGGGUGAAACGUGUGCUCAAGUGCGAUGCCAACCUGAGCAACCCGCUGGCCCCGGUGGUGCUGCCCCCUGCCGACUGCGUGCUCACCCUGCUGGCCAUGGAGUGCGCCUGCUGCAGCCUCGACGCCUACCGUGCUGCGCUCCGCAACCUCGCCUCGCUGCUCAAGCCAGGCGGCCACCUGGUGACCACAGUCACGCUGAACAUCUCGUCCUACAUGGUGGGGAAGUUCAAGUUCUCCUGCGUGUCCAUGAAGAAGGAGGAGGUGGAGCAGGCGGUGCUGGACGCUGGCUUUGACAUCCAGCGACUCCUGCACAGCCCCCAUAACUACUCCACCACCAAUGCUCCCAACAACGGCAUGUGCUUCAUCGUGGCCCGCAAGAGGUCUGGGCCCUGA